CUAAAACCCCAAAAGCAGAUAGAUAAAUAAAACUCGAAAUUGCUUCUUCUUCCCAAAACACUCCACAAACGAGAGAAUCUACAGUUUCAAGCAAUGCCAAAACCCUAAUUCUUUCAGAAAUGGACCUUACUAUCCAUUACAGACAAAACCCAAUUUCAGUUUCUUCAAAAUUCUCAUACCACCAAUCAAAUCUAUCUCUAUUUCUCAAUCCACAAAAAAGAACAACCAAAAUCCCCCAUAAAAGACUCAUCUUUCGAGCUUCUUCUUCUUCUUCAUCAUCUACUGGGGAUUCUGAAAAUGAGUCUAAUAAUUUGUCUUGGUCUAGAAUUUCUCGCUCAAUUCGUCGUGGGUCUGAACGAUUCCUCUCAAGUGUUGGUAAAUCAGUGAAAAAAGAAACUGGGUUUGAUUUCAAUGAAGCUAAUAACAAAGUGGUUUUAUUUGUUAGUGAUGUGAAGAACAAUGGUGGAGUUGCAUUUCAUCGUUUUAAGUUUGAAUUGGUACCUUGGUUUGUUGAUUGGAACAAGCUUGAACAGUGGAAGGAAGUCAAAAAUUGGGAACCAAAGAGAAUUGGGGCAUUGGUGUUGUAUGUUUGUGUUGUGAUCAUUUCAUUUCAAAGGGUUUAUAUGGCUUUUAAAGCUCCUCGGAUAGCUGAAAGCAAGCAGGAGUUGACUGAGGCUUAUAUGGAGGCAGUGAUCCCUGAGCCAUCUCCAACUAAUAUCAAGAGGUAUAAGCAAGGGAUAUGGAGGAAGACAAUGCCAAAGGGUCUUAGAAUGAAGAAGUUCAUUGAAGGACCUGAUGGGACACUUAUUCAUGAUAACUCUUAUGUUGGCGAAGAUGCAUGGGAUGAAGAGGCAGAAGCUCCUGAGAGUGAUGUGAAUCAAAUUAUUCACAACAAUACAAGGUUAACCCCGCAAGAAAAGAAGAAAUUAAAGAAGGAAUUAGGCAUUUCAGGGGUAGUUCAGGGGAGUAAGGGAACGUGGCGAGAAAGGUUUCGUACGUGGAAUGAAAUUAUCCAAAGGGAGAAGUUGGCUGAGCAAAUUGAGUCUCAAAAGUCUAAAUAUGUGGUUGAUUUUGACGUGAAAGAAGUUGAAAAGAGUCUUCGUAAGGAUGUGGCGGAGAAGGUAUCAGAAGCCCAAGGCACUAGGGCAUUAUGGAUUGCAAAGAGAUGGUGGCGCUAUCGGCCCAAACUUCCGUAUACUUACUUUCUUCAUAAACUUGAUUGUUCAGAGGUUGCUGCCGUUGUCUUUACUGAAGAUCUUAAGAAGUUAUAUGUGACAAUGAAAGAAGGUUUCCCUCUUGAGUAUGUUGUUGAUAUUCCCCUUGACCCAUAUCUGUUUGAGUUUAUCUCGAAUUCUGGGGUUGAAGUAGAUCUUCUUCAGAAGAGGCAAAUUGAUUACUUGUUUCGGAUUGUGGUUGCAUUGGUUCCUGGACUACUGAUCUUGUACUUCAUAAGGGAGUCUACAAUGCUUCUACACAUUACAUCAAAACGUUUCCUAUACAAGAAGCUUAACCAACUUAAUGAUAUGGUUUAUGCUGAUAAUUUUAUCAUGCCUGUGGGAGAAGCCGGUGAUUCAAACUCUAUGUAUAAAGAAGUAGUGUUAGGAGGUGAUGUGUGGGAUCUUCUGGACGAGUUAAUGAUUUAUAUGCAAAACCCCAUGCAGUACUAUGAGAAAGGAGUCCAGUUUGUCAGGGGCGUUCUUUUAUCUGGGCCGCCUGGAACAGGCAAAACACUUUUCGCACGAACGCUUGCGAAGGAAAGUGGUAUGCCUUUUGUUUUUGCCUCUGGUGCGGAGUUCACUGACAGUGAAAAGAGUGGUGCGGCGAGGAUAAAUGAACUUUUUUCUAUUGCCAGGAGAAACGCCCCCUCGUUUGUGUUUGUGGAUGAGAUAGAUGCUAUAGCUGGAAGGCAUGCAAGGCAGGAUCCACGAAGAAGGGCCACAUUUGAAGCCCUGAUUGCACAACUUGACGGCGAGAAAGAGAAAACUGGUGUUGAUCGGUUUUCAUUGAGGCAAGCUGUUAUAUUCAUAUGUGCAACAAAUAGACCUGAUGAGUUGGACCUAGAAUUCGUCCGACCUGGGCGUAUUGAUCGACGUUUGUAUGUCGGUUUACCUGAUGCAAAGCAGCGAAUACAAAUAUUUGGGGUGCACAGUGCAGGAAAGCAGCUUGCGGAAGAUGUGAACUUUCAAGAGCUCGUUUUCCGGACUGUAGGUUAUUCUGGGGCAGAUAUUCGAAAUCUUGUGAAUGAAGCGGGUAUAAUGUCUGUGAGGAAAGGACACUCGAAGAUCUUCCAAAAAGACAUCAUUGAUGUUCUAGAUAAGCAGUUGCUUGAGGGUAUGGGUGUAUUGCUUACAGAGGAAGAGCAACAGAAAUGUGAAGAGAAUAUAUCACUUGAAAAGAAGAAAUUGUUGGCUGUACAUGAGGCAGGACACAUAUUAUUAGCCCACUUGUUCCCUCGAUUUGAUUGGCAUGCAUUUUCACAGCUGCUGCCUGGUGGCAUUGAGACUGCAGUAUCGGUGUUUUAUCCUAGAGAAGAUAUGAUUGACCAAGGGUAUACAACGUUCGGGUACAUGCAAAUGCAAAUGGUUGUUGCCCAUGGCGGUCGUUGUGCUGAACGUCUUGUAUUUGGCGAUGACAUAACUGAUGGAGGAACGGAUGACCUCGAAAAAAUAACAAAAAUUGCCAGAGAAAUGGUAAUUAGCCCCAGAAACACAAAAUUGGGACUCACCAAGCUGAUAAAAAGAAUUGGCUUGACGGAUCGACCCGAUAAUCCCGACGGAGAGUUAAUUACAUACAAGUGGGACGAUCCUCGGGUGAUGCCUGCGGAUAUGACAGUUGAGGUGUCUGAGUUAUUCAGUCGAGAAUUGACAAGGUAUAUUGAUGAGACAGAAGCAGAUGCAAUGAAAGGUUUGGAACAGAACAGGCAUAUCUUGGAUAUGAUUGCAAAGGAACUGUUGGAAAAAUCGAGGAUAACUGGACUGGAGGUAGAGGAGAAAAUGAAGGGACUGUCUCCAGUGAUGUGUGAAGAUUUUGUAAAACCAUACCAGAUUAAUUUGGAUGAGGAGGGACCAUUGCCUCGUAACGAUAAAGUGCGUUAUCAAGCACCAGUUGUAUACCAAGCACCACUUCACCGAUGUUAAAAGACUUGUAUGCUGAUUCUUAAACUCAAGCACAGUAACUAUCGAGGAUUAUUGUUCAGGUACUUGAACAAAGAAAAAGCAACCUACUGAACAGCUUAUGCAGCACGAAAUUGCUGAUGCUGCUCAAGCUCAACUGCAGAGGCUUCUAUGACUAAUGCAGCAUCCUCGAAUACUACAGACUAGUGAUUUUUCAUGUCAGCAAUGUCUGUUUUGUAUGUCAAGUUGUACCUUAGUCUUUUUAUUCUUUACUAAUCACAUCGAGUGUGUUAAUGCUUCCCCCAUUUUGAUAAGUUCAAGGGGGAAGAUCCUUAUCAUGUAAAUCUGUCAGCUGAUAUAUAGAUUUCAUGUAUUAACCUUCUUCUUAAGGACCGGUGAUAGGUUAUACACACGUGGUGCACUUGAUCAUGAUUUGCCGUGGCGGCCACCAAUAUAUCUACGAGCUAUGCUGUUUGUUUGUUGUUUGGAGGUCUAUCCAUAAACUGAAAUUGUGAGCCAUUCAGGA